UGUACGAUCUAUAUAUAUAGAAAACAAAAUACAUUACAUGCUUUUGAAAAAAUCAUAUCAAACUAUUUGUAAAAUUUAUAUUAUACUAUAUCAUCUUUCAUUGAGUGCAUGGGUUUUAGUUUGAUAUUAUUCUCAUUAAUCUAGUGCUUUUCUUUCCAUUCUCCAGCUUCUGCAAAGUGCACCAGUGAUCUUCAAAUAGUGCUUCUAGGUGCAAAGGGAACUGGAAAGAGUGCAACUGGAAACAACAUCUUAAUGAAAAAUGUGUUUAAAGUAGGCAAUUCUUCUAAAUUAGUGACCAGUGAUUGUGAGAAAAUCACAGCUGAAAUCAAUGGCAGACAUGUUACUGUGAUUGACACUCCAGGACUGUUUAACAAUGAAAUUACAAAUGAGGAGAUCCACAAAAAAAUCAAAAACUACUUCUCAAAAUCACCAAAACCAGAUGCGUUUCUCUCAGUGACAUCAGUGGGACAUUUCAACAACGAUCAUCACAUAGAAGUGAUAAAGUUAAUUCAAGAUACUUUUGGUGAAAAUGCAAUGGAAAAUUCCAUGGUGCUUUUUACCUGUGUGGACCAAUUAGCGGGCAGGACCAUAGAACAGUACCUGUUAGAUAAAGAAUCUACGAUACAUAAAUGUGUUGAUAAGUAUGGUUAUGGAUAUCACCAGUUUAAUAAUACACAGACUGAAUACAGAUACCAGGUUUUGAAUCUACUGGACAAAAUAGAUAAACGGGUUGCAAAAUCUCAGAUGUGUAGUCAGAAACUGGAAAGAGAAAAAAAAGAGGACUUAGAAAAAAGGCAAGAGAGAAAAAAUGAUCCAAAACCAAAGGAACAAUUGGGAAUGGAUAAAGAGAAACCGUAUCAAAAGUUGAAAACGAGUACAAGAGAUGAUAGAUAUAAUGAAACUAUAACACCGUGCAAAGAAAAGAAAAGAAAAGAGACAAAGGAUGACAAUGGUAAACACAAGAGACAGAAACAAAACACUGACCUCAGUACAGAAACUGCCAAUAAAAAGUUACAGGAUAAUAAAAACAAAAACAAGGAAUAUACUGUGCACUAUUUUAAAAACAAAGAAGCAAGAGAAGAAAUAUUUAUAGAGAGAGGGAAAGAAAGCCUGAAUGUAAAUAAUGAGCAAGAGCCAACAAUGUAUAAGGUCUCAAACACAGGAGAACCUGAAUGCAAUGAACAAAAAGCAAAGAAAACACCUAUAUUACAUGACAAGAAAGAAGAGAUAAAGGGGAAUGAAACCAGUGAAGCGGAAAUGAAAAAAGAUGACGACAGAAUGACAUUACAGAGUUCCACUGGUGAAAUAGAAGAAAAUGACAAGAAAACACAGAAAGGAAAGAAGGAUCAAAAUAAAGAUACUGAAAGAGAACAUAAAAUAAGCAUGAAAGAACAAAAUGAGCAAGAACCAACAACAUGUGAGGUGUCAAAAACAGGAGAACCUGAAUGCUUCGGACAAAUAGCAAACAUCAAACCUAUAUUACAUGACAAGAAAGAAGAGAGAAAGGGGAAUGAAACCGAUGAAGCAGAAAUGAAAAAAGAUGACGACAGAAUGAAAAUACAGAGUUCCACUGGUGAAAUGGAAGAAAAUGCCAAGCUAACACAGGAAGGAAGAAAUGUUAAAAAUAACGAGAGAGAGAGCAAAGAACCUGUGAAACAACAAGAGUUUAAUAGAGAAAAAAGUGAGAGACUGGAAAAUGAAGAAAACUGGAAUGAAAAACUAAAGAAUGUUAACAAACAACUCAAAAUGAAUGAAGAACAAAAUGAAGACAGAAGCAACAGCAUUACGACCAUGACAACAUGCUAUCCUGAUGGAGAUUCUUCUGUACAGAGAGAGGAAAAUACACAGAAGUCCAAACAACAUGAAUCAGUGGAAAAUGAACAAAUCACAAACCUCUUUAAUAGACUGAAUCUCAAAAACAGCCAUUUAGAUAAACUGACAACAGCUGACAUUCUACAGCUUACCAAGUUUUCUCUGCACUGGCAGGAGCCACAAGAUGAGAGUGAACUGGUUUAUGCUUUCUUACGAAAACUGAUGAGGAUUAAUUACAUGACAAGAUACACAAGCAUUAAACACAAGGAAAAAUAUUACCAAAUUAACUGUACAAAUGAGGAAAAAGGACACAAGAUAGAUGAAACUAGCUACAAAUGUGAGAACCAAUCAGAGAUCAAUUUCAAAAUCCACCCAAUGGAUGUUCAGAUGGCUGUGUUUCAUUGUGCUGAUAGUUUCCUGAAGCAGCUGAUGGUAACUAAACUCUCACAAUGUCAGUAUGCUCUGCCCCUGCUUGUUCCUGAUCCAUUCACACAACAGCUUGAGUUUCCUCUCUGGACUUUUAGACAAAUCAACAAAAGCUGGAAUAUAAAAAAUAACAAUGAAAUUAUCACUAAAACCCAGCCAGUCUGCAAGGCAGCAACUCCAAUGGUGGCUUUCUUCAGAUUUGGUCUGGUGUCCUCAUCAAAGUCUGAGCUGAUGAACAAACUGAUCAAUGAGAAACACAACACAUUCUUUCACAGGAACUGCAAAGGCAGCAGCACAACUAGAGUACUGAUGGACGGAGUGGUGGAGAUUGCCUGGUACUGUCCCUCCGGGAAAGACACUGAUACAUUUACUGACUGUGUUGCAUUCUGCAAUCUGCACGGUGAUGCAGGAGACCAUGACAAACAACUGAAUAUCUUGGCUGAAAUGGCUUCUGUGAAUGUUGUUCUUUUGCCACAGCUUGACAGAAAUGACAGAAAUGACAAAAAUGCAAUGAAAAUCCAAAAGAUCUACAAGGACUCAAAAACAGUAAUUUGCCUCCUUGAUAAAAAUAAUUCAGCCCUCACUGAAAUGCGAAAAGGAAAAUAUAAAAUUGGCUUGAAAGACAGAAAUCAGUCAGAAGUAAUGGAGGAACUUGUAAGAGCUAUAAAUGAUGGCCUUUCACUUUCAUCUACUAGAUCAUGUAGUGUUUUCAGACUUGAAGAUGUGGCCAGAUUCUCAGAGAUUAGAGUAGAUGAGCAUGAUCAUGAUGACUGCAGAACAGGAAAAGAAAAAGCACAGCAGAUGAUGAGCUUACUGGAGAAGACAGAUCUAACGCAAAGCAAAGAAUUACUUUUGCCCUGUCAGGGAAAACUGUGGCAUCAGUGGUGUCAGAAGAACAAAGAGCUACAUCAACCUCAAGGUGAUGAAACAGAAAUAGACAUAAGCAGAAAAAAAACAGACCUCGAGAAAAUCCGUAAACAGCAACAUGCAUCAGAUACCAGUGAGUUCAUGACGUUGUUUCUGAAAGAAAUGAACACACUUAAUGCAGAUGGAAAGGUGUUUUUUCUUAAAUGGCUUGGAAUUCUCCUAGAUCAACGCACCUCAGAAGAUCUUUCUGCUCUGCGUUCCAAGUACAAUAUAAAGUGUUCAGAGAUCUUAAAACUAAAGAAGAACAAUGUUAAACCUGAACAGCUGGCAGCUGAGCAAACAGAACUGAAGAAAAUAUCUGAAGAUUUACAUUCUGCAAACUUUGGCUUGGUGCACAUCCUGCGAGAGAUUGGACAAAUCUAUGAAUCAUGUUCAUCUGUAAAGAACAACAAGGAUGGCCUGCAGUGUCACUUUUCUUCUCUCCCAAGUCUCGCAGCAGAGAUGAUGAUCUCUGGAUUUCCACUGGAGCUGAUGGAUGGAGAUGCUUCUCAUGUAUCUCUGAUAUGGGUUACUGCUGUUUUUGAUGAACUUGUCAAGAAACUGGGAGACCAGAGAGUCUUUGUGCUGUCAGUUUUGGGAAUUCAGAGCACUGGGAAGUCCACGUUGCUGAAUACCAUGUUUGGACUCCAAUUUGCAGUCAGUGCUGGCAGGUGCACCAGAGGAGCUUUCAUGCAGCUGGUCAAAGUCUCAGAUGAGAUGAAAACACAGCUUAAGUUUGACUAUAUUCUGGUUGUUGAUACUGAGGGUCUUUGUUCACUAGAACUGUCUGGAAGGAAACGAGAGAUCAUGACAAUGAACUGGCCACAUUUGUUGCAGAAUGUUUCAGACAUCACAGCUAAAGAGAAAAAUAUGGAAGGAAAAAGAAAGCUGCUAGAAGAACUGGAUGAGAUGACAGAACUUGCUGCAAAAGAUGACGUCUGUGAGGUUCAGUGCUUCAAAGAUGUCAUUAAAUUUGAUGCUCUGAAUGAUGUGAAGUAUUGUGCACAACUGUGGGAAGGGAACCCACCUAUGGCACCUCCAAACCCAAACUACAAUCAACGCACCUCAGAAGAUCUUUCUGCUCUGCGUUCCAAGUACAAUAUAAAGUGUUCAGAGAUCUUAAAACUAAAGAAGAACAAAGGUAAACCUGAACAGCUGGCAGCUGAGCAAACAGAACUGAAGAAAAUAUCUGAAGAUUUACAUUCUGCAAACUUUGGCUUGGUGCACAUCCUGCGAGAGAUUGGACAAAUCUAUGAAUCAUGUUCAUCUGUAAAGAACAACAAGGAUGGCCUGCAGUGUCACUUUUCUUCUCUCCCAAGUCUCGCAGCAGAGAUGAUGAUCUCUGGAUUUCCACUGGAGCUGAUGGAUGGAGAUGCUUCUCAUGUAUCUCUGAUAUGGGUUACUGCUGUUUUUGAUGAACUUGUCAAGAAACUGGGAGACCAGAGAGUCUUUGUGCUGUCAGUUUUGGGAAUUCAGAGCACUGGGAAGUCCACGUUGCUGAAUACCAUGUUUGGACUCCAAUUUGCAGUCAGUGCUGGCAGGUGCACCAGAGGAGCUUUCAUGCAGCUGGUCAAAGUCUCAGAUGAGAUGAAAACACAGCUUAAGUUUGACUAUAUUCUGGUUGUUGAUACUGAAGGUCUUUGUUCACUAGAACUGUCUGGAAGGGAAACGAGAGAUCAUGACAAUGAACUGGCCACAUUUGUUGCAGGUCUUGGAAAUCUGACAUUGAUCAAUGUUUUUGGAGAAAGCUUAGCUGAGAUGCAAAACAUUCUUCAAAUUGUUGUUCACGCCUUCUUGAGGAUGAAGCAGGUUAAACUAAAUCCAAGCUGCAUAUUUGUGCAUCAGAAUGUUUCAGACAUCACAGCUAAAGAGAAAAAUAUGGAAGGAAAAAGAAAGCUGCUAGAAGAACUGGAUGAGAUGACAGAACUUGCUGCAAAAGAUGACGUCUGUGAGGUUCAGUGCUUCAAAGAUGUCAUUAAAUUUGAUGCUCUGAAUGAUGUGAAGUAUUGUGCACAACUGUGGGAAGGGAACCCACCUAUGGCACCUCCAAACCCAAACUACAGUGAAAAUGUUAACGACCUAAAGGAAACAAUAUUUUUUCAUGCCUCACAAUCUGAUGGUAUUAUGUUGACACAACUAAAACAACAUAUGCAAGAUCUCUGUGAGGCAUUGCUUAAUGAACGUUUUGUAUUCAGUUUCAAAAACUCCCUGGAAGUUGCAAAUUACAGGAAACUAGAAACUGAAUACAGCCAGUGGUCUUGGAAUCUUAAGAAUUCUAUGAUGGAAAUUGAAAACAAACUACUUAUCAAAAUAGAAAAUGGCUUAAUUAAUACAAUUAAGGACAAUGAUUUUGAAGACCGAUUCAAAGAGAUGAGUGAAGUAAAUAAACAUAUGUCAGAAUUCUUUAAGAAGCACAAAAAUGCUUCUAUGCUGUUUCAGUGGAAAGCUUUUGAGAUAAAAAUAAAAGAACUUCAAGAAAGCAUUGUGAGCGAAUCAAAGAGGAAACUGAAUGAGGUUCUUAAACAGCGAGACAUAAAUAAAAAGAUCAAUGAUCAGAGAACACAUUACGAAAACAUUAUCUAUGAAAACAGCAAACAACUUGCUUUAACACUCAAAGACACAUUAAAGGAUACAAAAAUUCUGGAAGAAAAGUUUGAUUCCUCUUGGAAAAUGUGGGUAAAUGACAUCAGGAAAGACACUCCUGCAUUGGCCGACUCGGAUCCUGUUCUUUUUUUUGAAAGCAAGAAAGAAGUACACUACAAUAUUUUCCAGAAAUGCUGUGAAGGAGCAACAUCAUGUGCCAUUUUUGGACAGUUCAUCUGUAAUAAACUAAAAGAAACCAUUCAACAGAGUGUCUACAAAAAGACUGCCAGAGACCUGGCAAAUGAAAUGAGAUCAAACUGUGAAUCACUGAAUGGGAACCGAUCUAAACUAGAGAAACACAUCCUGAAGGUACUGGCAGAAGAGGAGAAGUUUGACAUGUAUGUGUCAUACAUUCAUAAUCCCAGAGACCUUGUUGAGAGUUUCAUCAGAGAUGAAGUCAGUAAGUACAUCAGUGAAAAGUUCAGUGUUAGUGUUCUGCAAAAGAUAAAAGAGGGCAUUAAACUGCACCAGCAGAAGAUCAUAGAAGCAGCACAUGAAGCAUCUAAACUGGUUAAAGUAAAGAACGAUGUUGAUUCAUGGUUAAAUCAUUUUACAAACCAGCUGUCAGAUGUGCUGAUGCUCUCUGAAAAGAUCUUCACCGGAGUGAGUCAUAAUGAUGUUGACAUCAAUCUCUUAGUAGAUGUGAUCCGAAGAGAACUCCCUUCUGUAAAAUUUGACACAAGCAGAACAGAGGUAGUUAAUUUUCUAGGUAAGCUAGACUAUAAGGACAGGCCAGAUGAGAUUCUGAUUGAUCACCUUUGUCAGUGCUGUUGGGUUACGUGCCCUUUCUGUAAAGCCAUCUGCACCAACACCAUAGAAAAUCACGGAGGAGAUCACAGCGUUCCGUUCCAUCGUAACGUAGGGCUGAAUGGGUGGUAUUUCAGAGGAACAAAUAACUUGAGCGUUGACAUCUGCACAUCAAAAGUAGCAAGCAAUCACUCUUUUUUCCCAAAUGCCUCAGAUAACAUACAAAUACCAUGGAGAGAAUACAGAAAAGGAGGUCCCAAAUAUGCUAACUGGAGCAUUACACCUGACCUUUCUGAGCUGCCAUACUGGAAGUGGGUUGUCUGCAGAUUCCAAAAAGAUCUGGAAAAUAAGUACAAUAAAAGAUUUCUGGAGUCUGGGAAGAUUCCAGGUGAAUGGAGGAAGUACACAAAACAGGAAGCUAUUGAGAGUUUAAAUAAACACUAUUAA